UUUGUUAAAGAGAUUGUGCAUUUCCGCCAACAAACAGUGACGCCGCCGUCACGUGCCAUUCCCUUACUGGACUAUUCCAUUUUUACUCACCAUUUUCUAGAAUCUCGACCUGCCCUAUUUCUCUCUUCCCUACACCCCAUUCACAUCUCCGACGCUGGAACCUGUAUCGUAUACACCUGAAUCGGUUGAGUAGAAGGGAAAUGAUGAUGUACGCAGCGUCUCGUCGGUUAUGUGGUGGAUCAGCGGGAUCUCCGUUGCUAGGGUUGCGUUAUAUGUGUCUGAGAUCCCUGUCGACAUCGUUCAGGGAAGAGAAAGAUACAUUUGGGCCGAUUCUUGUUCCUUCUGACAAAUUGUGGGGUGCACAAACUCAAAGAUCAUUGCAGAAUUUUGAUAUUGGUGGUGAGCGUGAACAAAUGCCUGAACCAAUUAUUCGAGCUUUUGGCAUCCUUAAAAAAUGUGCUGCAAAGGUCAACAUGGAAUAUGGUCUUGAUCCAUCCAUAGGCAAAGCAAUAAUGCAAGCAGCCCAAGAAGUGUCAGAGGGAAAACUAAAUGAUCAUUUUCCGCUCGUCAUAUGGCAAACUGGCAGUGGCACUCAAAGUAACAUGAAUGCCAAUGAGGUUAUUGCAAAUAGAGCAGCUGAGAUUCUUGGCCAUCAGCGUGGUGAAAAAUAUGUGCAUCCAAAUGACCAUGUUAACAGAUCACAAUCUUCUAAUGAUACAUUCCCUACUGUUAUGCACAUUGCAGCUGCAACAGAAAUAAAUUCAAGAUUAAUACCAAGUUUGAAGCAUUUAGAAACUGCACUACAUUCAAAGUCUAUUGAGUUCAAAGAUAUUAUUAAAAUUGGGCGUACUCACACUCAAGAUGCAACACCUUUGACUUUGGGCCAAGAGUUUAGUGGGUAUUAUACACAAGUGAAAUAUGGAAUUGACCGUGUCACAUGCACUCUACCCCGCAUGUAUCAGCUUGCACAAGGUGGCACUGCUGUAGGGACUGGAUUGAACACAAAGAAAGGGUUUGAUGUAAAGAUAGCUAGAGCAGUUGCCGAGGAAACAAAUUUACCAUUCGUCACUGCAGAAAACAAGUUUGAAGCACUGGCUGCACAUGACGCAUUUGUUGAAACUAGUGGUGCAGUUAACACUGUUGCUACUUCCCUGAUGAAGAUUGCUAAUGAUAUACGCUUAUUAGGAAGUGGUCCACGUUGUGGCCUUGGUGAACUCAUUCUUCCUGAAAACGAGCCAGGCAGCAGUAUUAUGCCUGGAAAGGUUAACCCUACUCAGUGUGAGGCUCUCACAAUGGUCUGUGCUCAGGUUAUGGGAAAUCACGUGGCCAUUACUGUAGGUGGAUCAAACGGUCAUUUUGAGCUGAAUGUAUUCAAGCCUCUGAUUGCUAGUGGUCUCCUACGUUCGAUCAGAUUGCUAGGUGAUGCAUCUGCUUCCUUUGAAAAGAACUGUGUGAGGGGAAUUCAAGCCAAUAAGGAAAGGAUUUUAAAAUUACUGCACGAGUCACUAAUGCUUGUCACAUCUUUGAACCCUAAAAUUGGUUAUGAUAAUGCCGCUGCUGUUGCCAAGAAAGCCCAUAAGGAGGGAAGUACUCUGAAGGAAGCUGCAUUAAACCUUGGAGUGCUGACCAGUGAAGAAUUUGAUCAACUAGUCGUACCUGAGAAAAUGAUUGGCCCCUCUGACUGAUGAGCUGUGAAAGAUUUUCUAGCUCCUGAGAAAUCAUUCCCUGACUUACAGCACACCCUGUUCCUGCAUUUUUGCGCAUUUCUCUUCAGCUGGAUUAGGAAAUAAAGAUCCAGCAGUGAUUUUAUUUUACUUCACAAACAAUAUUCUUGAGGUUUCCUCAACAGUUGGCUUCUAUUUUCUGGAUCAUUUGAGUGAUUAUAGCACAGAUGAUGCAGCAGAAAAAGUGAAACCUCCCAUUUUUGUAACAGUUCAUCAGAGAGAAUUUUCUCACCUGAAUAAAAUGAAAAUGUUUAUCCUCGAGAUACUCUUCUGCCA